UGGACAGUGAACCCAUGUGGCCCAUCGAGGCCAGGAAUGCAGCAAUAGCGAACCACUGUUUUACCUGUGCCAUCAACCGUGUUGGGACGGAACAGUUCAAAAGUGAAUUCACAUCAGGUGAUGGAAAAAAAGCUCACCAUGACUUUGGCCACUUCUAUGGGUCCAGUUACGUGGCUGCUCCUGAUGGCAGUCGAACCCCCGGCUUGUCCAGGACACGUGACGGACUGCUGGUGGUCGAAAUGGAUCUGAACCUGAACAGACAAGUCAGUGACAAAUGGACUUUUAAGAUGACUGGGCGAUAUUCAGAGUACGCAGAAGAACUUACAAACGCUGUCAAACACGACUUCAAACCCAAACUAGUAAAGGAGUGAACAGAUACACACAGUGUGUUGUACAUUUACUGUGGCCCAUGUAAGAAAAAAAAAAAUCACAUAGCCUAUUAACAUUUAUUUAUACUACAGACUUUAAAAAAUAA